AUGAGUGGUGAGGAGGAGGACUACCGCCGUCUGCUGGAAGAGCAGAUAUCGGCGCGGGAAGAAGAAAUGAAAGUGCUCGAGGAGAUGAGCGCCGAGGCGGGAUUUAGGCCGAGACAGUCCUUACAAAGGACCCCACCGAGUCACUUCGGGCACUCGUCGCCUCAACAGGACCAGCAACUUACCGCGGCCACGGCCUCUGGUAAGAGGCCUCUGGCGUCUCCCCAGGAGGUGCAGGAGGCUGUCAGGAGACGAAUACAGGCGGCGCGCAGACCGGCGGUUCCGCCUGUUGGGGGUAUUUUGUCUGCCCCAAUUCCGACCCAGCCUACGUCACCAGAAUGCUCGUCCGAGCCUGGGACGCUGUCUGGCGCGGAGAGAACUGUGCAGGGGGCUACGCAGGGGAUUGCCGUUUCUGAACAGGGCCCAGUGGAUGUGGACCUGGCGGACGUUCCGGCCCAGAGGCUGGCGGGGAUGGCGACGGCGGCGACAAAAGGAAUUAUGGAGGCGGUCAGGUCAAAAACAUCGCGUCUUAAUAAGGAUGAGGUGGCAGCGAUCGGGGCCCACACCGAGCGACUCAGCGCCGUGAUUGCGCAUCUGGCCAUCCGACUGGCUGCGGCGGAGGCGGCCUCGAGCAGCACCGUGGGAUCAUCACUGGAGACACGGACUAGCGGGAGCGACGCCAAGAGAACAGGGGUCGUGUCCUACAGCGACGCCCUUAAAUUAAGUAAGGGAGCUGCCCCGAUGCCGAUCCCUAAGCGGCUGGGUCCGGCGGUGGUCAUUUACCCGUCGGAGGAGUCCCGGGAGGAGGUCAAAACGGCCGAGGACACAAAAAGGCUGCUCAGGUCAGCUGUGGACCCCUCAAAGCUGGGUGUGCAAAUAGCGGGAGUAAGAAAGGUCGGAAACGCGGGUGUGGUCGUCCAGACCACGUCCAGGGAGGCGGCGGAGGUCCUCAAAAAGGCAAUGCCGCAAUCCCUGCGUGUGGGCGAGCCUAGGGAGAGGAGGCCACUGGUGGCGCUCUCCGGAAUGGAGACGGGGCUGCCUUUUGACGCAGUCCUUUCCAAACUUAAGGAACAGAACUUGGAGGAAGAGGCCCAAUGGCCACUUGAGAAACUAAAGGCGGAAAUGAAGCUGCUAUUUACCCGGAAGCGAGGCAACCGUACCGUUAGCGUCUUCUCCUGCACACCCGGGUUGCGACGCCUACUAAUAGAAAAAGGAAGGAUCUACGUGGGCUGGGAAGCGGGUUCGUCACUGGCCACCAGGGAGCUGCCACGGGUUGCGCGCGACCAUGGCCUUGACGUGGUCCUCGUCCAGGAGCCUUACAACGGGGUGCGAGGGGAGGUCGACAAUGCAGUUAGCAUUGUCGCAGCAGGAGGUACAUCUAAGGCAGGCAUCUACAUACCGGCACUGGACGUGCGAUGCGCAUACCUGGAGGCGCUGUGCACCAGCCACUGCGUGGUGUGCCACAUGACUUGGGGCUGUAGGGGUGCCUACUUGGUGAGUGCGUAUUUCCAAUACGCGGAAGAUAUCUCGGUCCACAUUCACCACCUUGAGAGGGUACUGGAGGUGCUGCGCGGUGAAGCUGUACUGAUAGGCGUAGACACCAAUGCUCACUCACCAAUGUGGCACUCCGACCAGCGGCACCUGUCAGGAAGAGGGCGGGAGGCCCGUCGACGACGCGAAGAAAUGGAGGCGCUGAUCCUGAGCCGAGACCUCCUGGUACACAAUAGGGCAGGACAGCCGCACACAUUCUCCUCUGAGAAUGGGGAAUCGAACAUUGAUGUCACCAUCUCGACGCGGGGCGUGAGGACGGAGGAUUGGCGAGUGAUGGAGGACGCAAUCGAGUCCGAUCACCGCCUAAUUUGUUUCGAGUUGCCUGGAAGACAUUUAGGGGGGCCUACCCCUAUUGCGGAACCGCUGGCCGGAACCCCGGUGAGGUACCGGGAGCGUGGGGUGGACUGGGACCGAUUUCGGAACAUGAUUAGUAACCAUGUAGGUCGAGUAGACUGGGGUAAGCCGGCGGAGGUAGUCUCGAAACGCUUCACCGAUUUGGUGGUGCGAGCGGCUGUCGAGUGCUUAGGCGCGCGCGGGGAGGGCAAGACUACAAGGGGAUAUGAAUGGUGGUCUCCGGCUCUGGAGGCCCUACGCAGGGACCUUCGCAGAGGUCUGAGGUGGACAAAGGGUGGCGUACCCCUGUCCAGGAAGUUGCAGGCCGUCAGGUCUGAGGAGGAAGCGGGUUAA